GUAAACACGGUUCUGUUGAAUUUUACAUAAAUAUAAAUUAAAUAAUUUAUCUUGACAAAUCAAAUUCGCCAUUUUAUUCACUUCAUAAAAUUAGGAAAUGAAAUGAAAGUUGAGAAUGGCAGCGAAGUGGUUGAAAAACCUGAGUAGAACCAAGCGAUUCAGUCCACCAGAGCCUCCCACGCCAGAUUACAGAGCUGCUAACGUAUCGGACAAUAAAACAGUGGGUCUGAGCCAAGAACAAGGUGAUCAUUUUCGUUACACUGACUCGUCGAAUUUCGUUCACUUUUCAAGUCAAAAUCAAAACAAAUCCGACUUUGUGGUUUCUAAAUCUGGCAAACCAGUCAGUCCAGGGGACCGUUCACCUCCAGCGUUGCCACCUCCACCCGUGUUAUUUCAACAAGACAGAAGUGGGAGUUUGAAGUCUGAUAGUGGUUCCAGCCAGGGAUAUCUAGACGACAGUGCAAUCAAUGAUCAGGACAUUAUAAUAGAUGACUAUAGCGACCCAGUUGAUGCAGUUAAUCUCGUACGGCUCACUGCCCCACAUAGUCAUUCACCACUAGAGGACAGCACUGACUCUGAUGAUCUUGCCAACUAUACUGAACCAUAUGAUACUCAAAAAAUAUUUCACACAUUAUCAAAGGAUGACUUAAAUGAGAAAGAGACUGAAGACAAAGCACCACAUUUAUAUGAUGAACCAUAUGAAGACAUAAACACUGAAACCUCUACCUCUGAAUAUAGUCACGUUAGGACACAGACUUCUCCAGAGAAAGAUACUGAACUUGAUAGCAUAAUAGCUACGACUAAACAAAGUGAUAUUGCUAUAGAUUCCGAUACAGGAAAUCAAACUGAAGAAGAAAUGGAACGUUUAAGUGACUUCCGGCCAAUGGAGGAUUAUGAUAGUCCGUGGGAAUUCUCACAGAAACAUAAAAUUUUACAAGAACAUUUAGCCAGAUCAAAUCAUGAUAGGGCUUCACCUAAUCAGUCAACACCAGCAAUUCUUUCUUCCUCCCCCAUGAAUAGACAAUCACCCCCUGCUAUUCCACCAAGGAAUUCCCCUCCCCCUAGGGGUUCACCGCCUCUGAAACCACCUAGGGCAUCACCUCCGAUAAAACCAGAAGUAAAGUUACGAAGAAAAUCAGGAGAUGCUAUAAAAAAGAAACGCCCCACAGAAAGUGUUGGUACACAGACUUUAGAGAAAGAAAAUGGCCGACAUUUAGAAUCCUCUCAAAUAUCUGCUUUUAAAUAUCCAAGUGAGGGUUUAUCAGAGAGUUCUGGUCCUCUUAGAGGAGAAAGUCCCAAUAUGAAUAUACCCUCUGGGGAGACCCAGGUCCCCGAUAUGUACGAGGAUCCCUGGGAUCUACAGUCGAAGCAGAUGGAGUUGGAAAGAAAAAUAAAACAUGCUAGUCGGACGUCAUCAGCUUUUAAUCCCCCUUCUACCAAAGUCUCACCACCAAAUACUUUUAGACCAGUUUCUAACGCCUCACUAGGUACUCUCUCGGGAAUAAAAUGUGAGGUAUACAUUCCCCCUCGCCCCUCCAGUCGAAAAUCCAGUUCCCCUGAUGUUUCAGAUGAAUCGACUAAUCAAAUAAGAGAAAGGAAAAUGUCAAAGACGCCAGAUAGUCUGACCAAUCAAAUUGAGGAUGACAGACCAGGUGAUGAUUAUGACGAGCCAUGGCAUGUACGUCAAAGUGCUCUUCUAUCACAGAUGGAUAGAGGGAGUCCAGAUAUCUCCAAGCGUGCACCUGCACGAUUGCCUCCAGAUAAUCAGUCGUAUCAUGACACCCCACAUUCCCUUCAUGACACACCCCAACACUCUCCAAAAAAGCGUCAGCACAAUUUGAAUGUUGAAUUAGGCAGUAGGACUUUGAAUGCUGUUGGGGAGAAGGUUGAUCCGGCAGUGGAAUUAGAAAGACAAAGAUGGUACCAUGGCUCAGUCAGUAGGCAGGAUGCAGAAUCAUUGCUUCGUGUACACAAAGAGGGGAGCUACUUGGUGAGGCAGAGUGAGAGCAAUAAAGAAGAUUACUCCUUAUCAUUAAAGAGUAUUCGUGGUUUCAUGCACAUGAAGAUAGUACAGCGCAAUGGCAGCUAUAUUUUGGGACAAUACAGCCAGCCGUAUCCCAGCAUACCUGAUAUGAUAUGUCACUACUCUGUCAGUAAACUACCAAUCAAAGGAGCCGAACACAUGUCCUUGCUACACCCAGUGUUACAUGAGUUACUGUGA